UAGGAAUCGCGUACUUUUUUCCCUCGUCUACCUAUGCCUGCAUCCGUUGUUCUCAUCCUCUCUUCUUCGCAAUCACAUGGCUUGAUUGAUUCAUGCAUUGAUAGAACAGAGCAACAACCUUUACUCCUCUCAAAUCCAACCUUGUCGUCCCCACCUUUUUCUGUUUCUCUUGGGUGUUCGAUGUGAACUGUCAGUGAUGAAGAACGAGCUCUGCUCACCACAAUUGUAGGGUUUUUCAUGAUUUUCCUUUCUUUAUUGAAACUUGAUUACAUUAACUCCCAGUCACUGUGAUCAAGCGACCCUCAUUUUUCGAUCCGAUACGAGGGAUUUACUCGUACUCUGCGAGCGAGGAGGGUCGUCAUUUCACGGGGGAAUUGGCCAUCCAUUUCGUGUGUCUAGCGAGGCAAAAGGAUUAUAAUUUCUGACAUACUGAAGUCGUUGUGGGCUGUAAGUAUUCUACUGCAGCGAAUGUUGCUUGGCGCUUAAUGAUUGUGGCUAUGGACUUGAAUGCCUCACCGGUGCCCGAGGAAGAUGAGGAUAUUUUUGAGAGACAUAUAGAAGAGUAUAUCCAACCAGAAGAACGCAUAGAAACUGCAGUUGAUAUAGCGCGCCGGGAGCGUGAAGAAAGGAAAAGGCGGUUGAAAAGAGAACGGACAGAUGAUAGACCUGCCCAUGUAUCACAGUCAACGACUGGUUAUGAUCAGACCUUUCAUGCAAAGUCUUUUAAGUCAUAUGAUAAGAGUAGGCUUCCUCCAGGGUGGUUGGAUUGCCCUUCAUUUGGUCAGGAAAUAUAUUGCUUGAUACCUUCCAAGGUUCCACUUGGUGAAUCAUUCAAUGACUGUAUUGCUCCUGGUCGAAGAUACUCUUUUAAACAAGUGAUACAUCAACAAAGAGUUCUAGGGAGAAAACUUGGUUUGGUUAUUGAUCUGACGAAUACUACACGUUACUAUCCAGUUUCAGAUCUGAAGAAAGAGGGUAUCAAGCAUAUUAAGAUUCAAUGUAAGGGGCGUGAUUCUGUGCCUGACAAUUUGUCUGUGAAUCAAUUUGUCCAUGAGGUUACUCAGUUUCUAUCACGUCAAAAACAAGCAAAGAAGUAUAUACUUGUCCAUUGUACGCAUGGACAUAAUCGUACUGGGUACAUGAUUGUUCAUUAUCUUAUGCGCUCUCUGUCUAUGUCUGUCACCCAGGCAAUUAAAAUAUUUUCUGAAGCACGCCCCCCAGGAAUUUAUAAACCUGAUUAUAUUGAUGCUCUGUACACUUUUUAUCAUGAAAAAAGGCCUGAAAUGGUAGUUUGUCCUCCUACACCAGAGUGGAAGAGAUCCUCUGAAUUUGAUCUCAACGGUGAAGCAAUGCCAGAUGAUGAUGAUGAUGAUGGAGUGCCAGGUCCUCCUCAAGAGAACCAUGAGAAAGAUACAAUAAUGACAAAUGACGAUGUUUUGGGAGAUGAAAUACCUAUUGAUCAACAAGAUGGAUUUCGACAGUUCUGUUAUCAAUCUCUGAAAUUGAAUACCGGGGCUAGAGGACACGCACAUUUUCCAGGUUCACACCCAGUUUCUCUUAAUAGGGAAAAUUUACAAUUGUUACGACAGCGAUAUUAUUAUGCAACAUGGAAAGCCGAUGGAACAAGAUAUAUGAUGCUAAUAACUAUGGAUGGCUGUUACUUGAUUGAUAGAAGUUUCAAUUUUCGAAGGGUGCAAAUGAGGUUUCCUUGCAGAGGCUCAAAUGAUGGUUUGGCUGAGAAGACCCACCACUACACGUUACUUGAUGGGGAGAUGAUCAUUGAUACGUUGCCUGAUUCACAGAAACAGGAGAGGAGAUAUCUUAUAUAUGAUAUGAUAGCAAUUAACCAUGUACCAGUAAUAGAGCGACCGUUCUAUGAACGGUGGAAGAUGCUUGAGAAAGAGGUGAUUGAACCUAGAAACCAGGAACGGCAUAAUACAUACCAGAGUAGAAAUCCUUAUUAUAGAUAUGACCUGGAACCAUUCAGGGUGAGGAGGAAAGAUUUUUGGUUGCUCUCUACUGUCACAAAGCUUUUAAAUGAAUUCAUUAAGAAACUCUCACAUGAUGCAGAUGGCCUCAUAUUUCAGGGUUGGGAUGAUCCUUAUGUACCCCGCACUCAUGAAGGCCUCCUGAAGUGGAAAUAUCCUGAGAUGAAUUCAGUAGAUUUUCUCUUUGAGAUUGAUGAUGAUCGUCAGUCACUGUUCCUUAAUGAACGAGGAAAGAAGAGACUCAUGGAAGGGAGUAGAGUUGCAUUCAGAGAUGGUUCAGAUCCCUUGCUUUAUUCGGGGAAGAUUAUAGAGUGUUCUUGGGAUUUAAAUGAACAGGAAUGGGUAUACAUGCGAACCAGGACAGAUAAAUCAACUCCAAAUGAUGUUAAUACUUACAAGAAGGUUAUGCGGAGCAUAAAAGACAACAUCACACAGGAUAUCUUGUUGAAUGAAAUUUACGAGAUAAUUCGCCUUCCGAUGUAUGCUGACAGGAUAAAAAAUGACAGCAAAGCCCACCACCAUUUUGGUGCAGCACGCCGGAGGUGAUUGGUGAGACUGGCAUUUGAUGCCCAUGACAUCUUCUCUAUCGGUAAGAAUAAGAUGCUAGAAGUGCAUUCGAUCUGGGAAAAACAAGAUCAGCUGCAUCUAUUGAUGCUUGUCUGUGGGAUUAAUUUCAAUUUGUAAUUGGAUUUGACUAUGAUGUGGCCAUCACACAUAUAGGCUGCCUGCUUCUAUUCUGUAAUUAGCUAGGCCCUUUGGUAUUUGCUGUGCAGCUGAGUUGUAUUGUCCAGUUUGCAUAGUUCAAAAUGAGGCCGGAAUAUUCAGAUAAAGAGAAUUAGGUUUAGGAUCACAAUGUAAAGUAUCAAUUUUCUUCUCAUGUAGUGAUUAUAAGCCGUUCAAAAGGUAGCUGUUUCCUAGAUUCUGCUUCCCUUAUAUCAGUCAGAUUUUUCAUUCUGUGAAUAUUAGUGCAAAAGACCCUUCCAUUGUCUA